AUGACGAACCCCCAAAGUUGCGCCGCUUGUAAAAACCAGCGAAAAAAAUGCACAGUGGAUUGCCCCUUGGCCCCCUACUUCCCCUCCAGCUACCCCACAAACUUUCACAACGCACACAAACUGUUCGGCGUCAGUAGAGUUGUAGACUCGACAAACUCGUCACCGCCCUCUCUCCCCACCCCCGCCAUGUCCACCAUCUUCGUCGAGGCCGACCACCGGGCCAAAGACCCUGUUGGCGGCUGCCACGCCGUCGUCCGGUCGCUGCUCUGGUCCAUCCACCGGCACCAGGCUGAACUCGACAGCGUGCGCUACCAGCUCGAACUGCUCCGCAGCGGCGGCAAUGUUAUGGCGAUAGCGCAGACGUUGGAGGACUUUAAGGACAAUGUGGGUACGUGGAAUGUGUAUGAUCAUAUGCAAUUUCAUCAGGUGCAGAAGAACUGUUCUCAAGAGCAAGAAGAUCAAGGCAAUAUUGGUGGAGGAGUUGCUCCGCAGCCUCAGGAAGAACAGGCCAAUGUGUUUUGA